AUGGCCACUACAGGCGUGUCCAUCACGCCUGCUCCUGUGGCCGCGGCACUCCCACCGUUGGCCCUCGCACCGGCGCCCUCUUUAGCCUCCAAGGCACCAUCUGCAGCACCCUCGCCGGGACCGGCCACUCCCGGCUCGGUAACUUCCAAAGAAUGGGUGAUUCCACCCCGCCCCAAACCAGGCCGGAAGCCUGCCACGGACACGCCGCCCACCAAGCGUAAAGCCCAGAACCGGGCGGCUCAGAGAGCGUUCCGCGAACGCCGCGCUGCCCGUGUCUGCGAACUCGAGGAGCAGAUCAAGGAGAUCGAAGACGACCACGAUAAUCGUGUGGCCGAACUGAAUGAGAAGAUUGGCAAUCUGUCGCGAGAGGUAGAACAGUGCCGUGAGGAGAUGAAUUGGUGGCGGGACCGAUCCCAUGCUUUGGAGAAGGAAGUGUCCAUCGAACGAAGCGCCAAGGAGUCUCUCGUGAGAGAAUUCCGCUCCUCCCUCGCCGGACCUAAUGCCGGAAAAUCCUCGACCAUACCAGACUCUGUGCCUUUGCCGCCACGGUCGCGUCCUUCGACGCGGGGCUCCCGCAUGGAAGACGUGCAACCGACCAGCCCUGACCACAACAGGAAAGAAGGACAAGAGAACGUCCCUUUGGGAUGCAGCAACUGCUCAUCGACACACUGUCAGUGUAUUGAAGAUGCUUUUGCCAUGCCCAUUGACUCGCACGCGUCCUCUCACUCGAAGUACCCGCCUCACGGUGUGGGCAGUGCCAACACCGAACCCGACAUCAAGCCGGACCCGGAGGAGAUGGAGAUUGAUUUUACGUCUCGCUUUGCCGCUGCUCCUGCUCAAACAAGUUUAAGAUCCAACAACUCCAACUCCACCUCCAACUCUAACAAUAACAAUAACAACAACAACACAUCUUCGCCACCUGUCGACCCCUGUGGGUUCUGCCAGGAUGGCACGCCAUGCAUCUGCGCCGAAAUGGCCGCACAGGAACAGACCCGCGGCCGGCACAACUCCUUCGAGAACCCGCGUCUCGCACCCAUCCAGUCUCUCUCCCAAUUUACACCUCCCCCAUCAGACGGUGACGUCCGCUCCGAAGUCACCCUCCCACCAAUCAGCCAAGCGACCAACCCCUGCGCCAACGGCCCCGGCACCUGCGCCCAGUCAGCGAGCGGAACUCCAACGGGAGGAGGCUGCUGCGGCGGAAAGGGAGCGGACGGCGGCUGUUGCAUGUCCCGCAGCAGCAAUGCCCCCGCCACAACGACCACCAACCGUAACAACCCGGCGACCAUCCCUGCGCUCGCUGCCGCCUCCAUGUCUGCUUCGCCGUCCCUAACCCUGACCUGUGCGGAUGCAUUCACCACUCUUUCUCGGCACCCGAACUUCUCGCGUGCAAGCGAUGACAUUUCCACCUGGCUGCCUAAGCUGAAUACCCUUCCUAACCCACGCGACCUCCCUGUGGCACCAGAUGGUCGCGAUCGCGCCGCGAUGGAGGUCGAGGCUGCUAGCGUGAUGGGUGUGCUACGCUACUUUGACCGCCGAUUUGCCGAGAAAUAG